AUGAGUAAGAAUCAGGUAGUGAAAGUGACUCAAACAGUUAUCCUUGUUUGUGAGCCUUACCUGUUGUAUAACUUUGGACACUUUAGUAUUCGAAUCAUUGGUGCCUCUUCUAUGCCAGCCGAUAUGCGUGGACAGCGCAUUUUGCGUAUGGAAGGACUUAUUGCAAAUGCUGCAGAAUUCCUACUCCAUCCUGCUGAAUCCCUUAUAAUGUCCAAAGAAACUCCGGCUCUGCUAGCGGCAGAAGUUGACGCAUGCCGGCUAGAAUGCGGCUUGAAUAUGUUAGUAUCAAUCCCUGCCAUUUUGAGGGUGUCUCUUACCCACCGACUGAGAAUUUGUUUGGAAGCGGUUUGGUAUGUCUUGUUUUCGUUUGAUUCUACUCCUAAAAUGUCCAAUAUAUCGUCCGGUAGCUCCACAUCGUUGUCUACGAUCAGCACGUCCUGUUCGUGCGAUGUUAAUAUGGUGCUUAGACCAUUGGCGGUGGUUGGCGAGUCGCUAGGAGCUCGCGCUUCACCGUUUUUUGAGCGGGAGAGAGCCGAAGGAGAGGUGCUUGGACCAUCGGCGGUAAUUGGCGAGACGCUCCGGUCUCGCGCUAUACCAUUCCCUAAAUCAGGGAAAUUCGAGAGUGAACGGCAACCCCGCCGAGGCGAGUCGUCUGACCGUCGGCGGGAAGAUGGCAACGCCGAGCGCGCUGGAGAUGGAGAGAGAGAUGAAUGCGAGCGGUUACCGGCUGAGCGGUGA